GCGCACAUAUGACCUUAUGCAGUAACGAGUGCCGUAAAACCUUUACUAAAACUAAACUAACUGAGCAGUGACCAAAACCAUUUCUCGAACCAACCGAGGUAUCUUACAAACUGGUAAAACCCAAAACACCGGUUCCUUCGGAAACGGGUGCCUGCCCAGCUGCUCUCACGUCUGGCUCGUCCCUCCCGCCGCUCCCCCGCUCUCUCUGUCUCCUACCAGACGAUAUAGAUUAACCCUUUUAGUGCGAGCUUAGGUUUACUUGAGCUGGGCCCGUCAGCUGAGAGAUCCUAUCUCGACCGACACGCGACGCGCAACAGCAGCGGUGGUGGUAGUGGCGGCGGUAACAGACAGACAGGACCGAGUCAAGUCGACAAGAAGACGAGACUGUCGUCGAGUUCUGUGAAUCGCCGAGUCAGAUUUUCAGAAAUCCGAUUUGAACGGCUGCCAGGUAACGACUUUUUCAGAUCAUCUUACAAAACUGAACCGCCGCUUACUUUGCCACUACGCCGAGUUCAGCCUUGGGAGAGUGAGGGUGCGCACCGUAAUUUCUUUCGCUUUCCUUUCUUGGAUUAUCAGCUGUUGGCGACUUUCCUGAGAGGAUUCUGACAAAACAGACGUUUGUUUAUGUGCGAGGAAAGUUUUGGACUUUGACGAUUUCUACUUUUUUUAAACAGGACCAGGCCAUGAGUAUACGACAGUGUUAGUAGGAGACAUCUGCGAGCGGGUACCUCAACCCGCCACUGACCACGUAAAAGAUGGCCUCUUCCAAAAGGAUUAUGGGAGGCGUUACUGCUCUGCAUUUGGCAGCUUUUUUGGCUGGAAUUGCUCUUGUUUUGAGCCAGUCUGAGGACGGGUGGGGGCCCUGGAGUGAUUACUCGGAGUGCUCGAGGACAUGUGGUGGGGGAGUACAGCAGAGUACCCGCCAGUGUCGUGUGGGGCGAGUUGGCAGUCCGGAAUGUCAGGGGCACAGUAUUCAGUAUCAGUCGUGCAAUAUGGAGGAAUGUCCACCCGGUUCCCUCAACUUCCGAGCCUACCAGUGCAGCACGUACAACAGCGUGGAGGUUGCGGUGGAGGGGAAGACGCAGAGGUAUCUGUGGAAGCCUUAUUAUGACCCCAGCUCCCCGUGUUCUCUGAUCUGCAAGAACGAGUACGGCCAGCUCCACACGCUCAGAGACUCGGCCGUUGACGGAACCUGGUGCGACAACGGCGACAGCUUCGGAGUCUGUGUUGCCGGAUUCUGCAAGAACUGACGUCAGCCGGCGGGGACACUCUCAAACUGACGGAGGCUCUGAUUACCUUCGGACAACGGAAACUGGCGGACUUUGCCGGAACCCGGUUCUCCUACUACUACCUGGACGAUGGGAUGAAGUUCACGGGCAGAGGACCGGUCAAUGACACACUGAGACUUCUGGUUCGAUUCAUGGGACUCAGCCCGCUAGUCGAGUACGAAUAUUCGAUACCCAAGUCCCGAGUACAGGAAGCGGAUCCAGAGCAGCGAUACUCCUGGGUGUUCGGAGGAUGGACUUCGUGCUCCAACGAAUGUGGAGUUGGGUACCAGCUGCGAGCCAUCAGCUGUAUGGACCGUGAGCUGGGUCGAUCCGUGAGCCCCAGGCUUUGUCCACGUCAGCAGAUGCCAGACAGGAACCAGACAUGUAACCACGGACCUUGUCCCAACUCACUCUCUGACGGCUACAAGUGGGUCCCUGGUCAUUGGGGCGAGUGUAGCGUGGACUGCGGUGUCGGAGAGCAGACCCAGCUGAUGCACUGUAUCGAGACCGGCGUCACCGGAGAUUCCAUCUAUGCAGAGGACGAUCUGUGUACUCGAUACGUGGGCGCCAAGCCGGAGUACCGAAGAGCUUGUCAGGGGGAGGGGGAGAGCUGUGCUUACUGGGCGACCGGGCCCUGGAAUGAGUGUAGCGUGACGUGCGGCUACGGCCGACAACAGAGACGUGUGUACUGUCAGAGAGAUGCUGCCCGGGCCGGCAGUGUGCCACAGGUCAUGGACGAUGACCACUGUUCAUCUGAGAGCCGGCCAAAAGACACGGAGAUCUGUACGCUAGACCCGUGUCCUGACGGAAGUAAUACGAAUAUAGAUCUGACCCGUGCCAGAUGCCCAGCGACCGUGGCACCUGCUCGGACUACACCAUCAAGUGGUACUUUGACGUCAACGAGAAAGAAUGUCUGAGGUUUUGGUACGGCGGAUGUGAGGGCAACGGGAACCGCUUCGACGAUCGGGACUCGUGUAGGAACCAGUGUCUCAAGAAAUCCAUCAAGCCUGAGGGGUCCAGUCUGACAUGUGAAGGAAGCCAGUACGGCUGCUGUGCCGACGGGAGGUCUUAUGCCAGGGGCCCCAACAAAGAUGGCUGCCCUGAGAAGAAUCUGAUUGGUGGAUGUGCCGGAACCAGACAUGGCUGUUGUGAAGAUGGCGUCACUUCUGCGAGAGGGCCAGAAAAAGAAGGAUGCCCUGAAAAACGUCUGGUCGGUGGUUGUGCGGGCACUAGACACGGCUGUUGUGAAGAUGGAGUCACUUCCGCUAGGGGACCGGAAAAAGAGGGCUGUCCUGAGCGUCGUCUGGUUGGUGGAUGUGCAGGCACCAGACACGGCUGUUGUGAAGAUGGCGUCACUUCUGCGAGAGGACCAGAAAAAGAAGGAUGCCCUGAGCGUCGUCUGGUUGGUGGAUGUGCAGGCACCAGACACGGCUGUUGUGAAGAUGGCGUCACUUCCGCUAGAGGACCGGAAAAAGAGGGCUGUCCUGAGAAACGGCUGGUCGGUGGUUGUGCAGGCACCAGGCACGGCUGUUGUGAAGAUGGAGUCACUUCCGCCAGAGGACCGGAAAAAGAAGGAUGCCCUGAGAAACGUCUGAUCGGUGGAUGUGCAGGUACCCGUUUCGGCUGCUGUAAUGACGGCGUGUCCGCAGCCAGGGGAGAGAACAACCUGGGCUGUGCAGAGAACCCGUACGGAGGGUGCAGUGUCUCCGAGCAUGGCUGUUGUGAGGACGGGGUCACUAUGGCUAAAGGACAACGGUGUAACAAGCAGUGUUUGAACGGCGGCAGCCUGGACCAAGACAGCUGUACCUGCCAGUGCACCAUGUCCUACACCGGCGAAAUGUGUCAGAACGGACGAGUGUAGAGGAGACAUGAAGUGCGUCCGUGAGCGAGAGUGCUCCUCUGGAUACUGCAACAUCUACGCCAAGUGUACAGCACCGUCCGUGUCGUACCAGUGUGACCGGCCUAGGUGUCCCAGGAAUCAGGACUGUGUCAACGACGACUCCUUCGAGGAUGGAUACUUCUGUGUGGACAAGAAGAAAUGCGUGGCCCCGAAGAGACGUGAGCUGUGUACCAAGUACGAGGUGAAGUGGCGCUUCGAUGACGUCAAACAGGAGUGUGAGCGACACUGGUGGGGAGGCUGCAGGGACAACGGGAACGUGUUCGAUUCCCAGGAGGAAUGUGAGGUCACGUGCCUGAAGAAUGUCGUCAUCACUGACCCAGGAACCGGGGACCCAGAUUUUGUCAGCAUUUGCGAUAUGCCCCAAGAUACGGGUCCCUGUAGGGCCUACCUCCAGAGGUACUUUUAUGACCCUCGCGAGCGAGCGUGCAACCCCUUCACGUUCGGCGGGUGUGGUGGAAAUGAGAACAAUUUCAUGAGCCUGGAAGAGUGUCAGAAGGAGUGUAUGGGUGUGAUUACCCCAGUGGUGACCACCACACAGGCUCCCGUGCCAGAGACUUUGCCGCCUCCCGUGGGCGGAAUUACACUGACAAUAUCUGGAGAAAACUACGUGAACGAAGGCACAGAGCUGAAGGUGGCCUGUCAAUCAAAUGAUGGAAGUGAGGAGGCCCUUACUUUCUACCUGGAUGGAAAUCUCGUGAGGCCUGGCCGGGCGCAGAUCUUGCAGUACAAAUCUGUGGUGGAUGACCGGGUGGUUGUGGUGAAUGAGCUGGUGAUUCAGCGAGCUUCGCCAAGGGACGCAGGAACCUACGUGUGUCGUUCACAGUCCGGGGAGUUGGAGAGUUUGAAUGUCAUCGUCAUCACCAGAUCAGUGCCUACAACAACCACUACCACUGAAGCUCCCUAUGUACCCGUGGAAAGUUCCAUCGCCAUGAACGGCAGCUCCGUCGUGUCCCGAGGCUCAGAGAUCAGAGUGGUCUGCAGAGCCCAGGGAUCUCGCCGCCCAUCCACAAUCGACUGGUUCAUCAACGGCCGAGUGGUUGACGACAGAAACUCGGUAGACUCCUACGCCGACCCAAGAGCCCUGAACGCUCUCAUCAGCGAACUGACCAUCAGAAACGCCCAAGAGGACCACGAGGGAACCUACUACUGUAGGAGCCGCCCCUACGGAGACUUGGACAAGAUGGUCAUCUCAGUGAGGGAUGAGCCAGAAGUCAUUACCAGGAGGCCAACCGAAGAAAUCACGGAGUCCUCUGACCCUGCAGUGGUGUGCAUGAUGGAGAAGGCCACUGGCAACUGCUACGCCAGCUUCCCCAAAUGGUACUACGACCACCAGGCCGGAGAGUGCAAAGAGUUCACGUACGGCGGAUGUGGCGGCAACAGCAACAACUUCCAGUCGGAGGAGCAGUGCAACAGGUUCUGUACCGCCUCAGACGUGUGCACCCAGCCUAAGGAGAUCGGCCGCUGCAGGGCUGCCAUGCCUCGCUUCUUCUACGACUCACAGACUCGCUCAUGCCGAGACUUCAUCUACGGCGGGUGUGGGGGAAACCUCAACAACUUCAACUCGAUGGAGGGCUGCCAGAGGAAGUGCGCGUCCUACAUCCAGGGACGAGGCAACACGGGAGGCGCGAACGUGCGUGUGGUGGGCGGGGACACAGACACUGACGAAAACGUGUGUGAGCUCCGGCCGGAGAAGGGUAACUGCCGCGGCUACAACAUUGUAUGGUACUACAGCUCAGCCCGCAAUCGUUGCGCCCGAUUUGUGUACACCGGUUGCGAGGGCAACGGUAAUCGUUUCGAUAACGAGGCCGACUGCGAGGUCCGUUGUCUUCGAACCCAAACGGCCCGGCCCCGACAGCGACUUACCCAACGACCCCGGCCACCCCCAACCACAACUACUGAGUCGAACAUUAUCCCUGAGUCCAGAGUUACUGAAGGAGUUUGCCAGCAGACGAAAGACGGCGGAAACUGCGCGGAUUACGUCAUCAAAUGGUACUAUGACUCUCAGAGGAAGUACUGUCUUCGCUUCUACUACGGCGGCUGUGGAGGAAACGAGAACCGAUUCGACACCGAGGAAGAGUGCGAAAGUCGUUGCGUCAACACAGGUACACACUGGCUUACGACAGGAGGUACCAGGUCUUCCAGAACUGGACAUUAGCCUUGAGGUCAGUCAGCUAUGACAUGGCUGGCUACUACGCCUGUAGGUCCACCUAUGGCUUCAACCAGUUCCCCGUCGUUGAGAAAUUCAAAGUGGAAGUGAAUGAGCCCAUGAACAUCCUCCCCGGACCCGCCUUGGUCUCCGUCCGGCCCGGAGAGAGCGCCUACUUCCACUGCCAGGCCUCAGGUUCCCCGACACCUCGUCUGUCCUGGCAGCGGGAAGGCCGGGUCCUCAACUCGAGAGGCCGCAUGCAGGUCUUCGGCAACGGCACGCUCAUCAUCGACGAUGUGGAGCCCAGAGACACGGGAAUGUACGAGUGCUUCGCCGAGAACGGAAUUGUGUCGCCCGUCAGGCGUAAGAUUGAACUGACGCUUCGAGAGUCGAUACAGGCAGACAUCCAGCAACACCAGGGAUCCUUCAUGGAAGGCUCGGCCAUCCGCCUCUUCUGUCAAGGCAACGGCUACCCGCAGCCGCAGGUCGAGUGGGUCAAGGAAGGCUCCGUGAUGACCUCUGGCGGCAAAGUCUCGGUCAGGGGCGGAGAACUGGUGAUUCAGUCGGCCUCCAUCGAAGACGCCGGCGUGUACAAGUGUGUGGUCACCAACGGGCGCAGCCAGGACGAGGAUGUGACCACUGUGCACAUCAAAUUCCACACUCCUCAGGCCCAGUGUACAGACACCAUGAGAGCCACCAAGUGCAGGCUUAUCGUGGCAGGCAGGCUGUGCGGCUUCCGGAUGUUUGCCACCAAAUGUUGCCGAUCAUGCCGGAGAGCUGGACAUUUGUGAUUUUUAGAUAGGACUCCCGCUAUAUAAAUUCGCAUGUAUUAUUUCCGCCUUAUGCAAUAGCUAGAGAGCAGUCAUGUUAUCUACUCAAACGAUGUUCGUUCGUUCACACGUGUUUUUAUUCUGUGUAGUUCUUUUUUAUGAACUUUUCUUUAAUUGUGCAAGAAGCAAUAUUUUAGCGUUUAAGAAGCAUGCACCUUGAUCUUCGUAAUAGGCAAAUGGUAUAUGAUAAGUAGAUUUCGUAACUAGAUCGUGUUUCUGGUGGCCGUUUUAUGUGGGUUGUCUUAAUUGCAGUUUGGUACUGCAAGAUUUGUAGAUAGUGCCUUAUAGAAUAAUGUAGUAAUAAAGACGCCUCAUAAUUAACCGCAUGGUAAGGAUCCGUUUCGUCUUUUUUGUGAUGAUCACAACCAGCAUCAGGCUGGUCGUCCAUAGCUCACAAUCUAAGGAGUGAGUGGUCUUUACGAAAAGGUCACGUGACACCCAACUGCUUUGCAAAUCCACCUACAACAUACUACGAUUUUCAUAUAUUAUUUUGUACAUACACGCGCUAACAGCGACGUUCACCCUGUUAGUUGAUGUAUUACUGGGGAAGAGCCUGGAUAAUACAUUCACUUCUUGUUGUCGCAUUCAGAUUAAGACAUUUUCUCAGAAUGCUCUUCUUCGAAGCACAUGUAUAUGUGUUUCGAGCAAGCUUCUCUUUUGUACUGGCUGUAAUAACUGCUGACUAUUGCUUCCCAUUCACCAUUAUACGAUAAUAAUAUUAUUCUGUUCUCAGUAUCUGAAAGUGAUGUGUAAGUGUGCGUGGUUUGUUGUUACGCGUGUAGUGUGUUGUUAUGUGCGUAGUGUGUUGUUGCGUACGUGGUGUGUUAUUGCAUGGGUCGUGGAAAGUGCUGAAAGUGGGAUCAUUCUCGGAAUUAUUACAAGUGUGCUCAAUUAUAUAAACUCAACACAAUUUUGAAAAUGCCCCAUUCAGGGAAGAAAGUUGAAUUGGUGCUACCGUAGCUCUUUAGCGACACAGAAUGCUCUUUUGUUUCUCAAAUGUUUAUUUAGGCUAAACAGUGCCAGUCUCUGAACGUCUGUCUGUCAUUUACACUGGUAGUUUCUUUUUGAAACCCGCUACAACCUUGUGUUUAUUCCUGAAAGUUUUAGUACGCAAAUCACAUAUAUACUUUGAUAUAUGCUGAUGUAUGAGGUAAGGAUUGGGAUUGGGAUUGGGAUUGGGGGGGAGAGGAAGGCAAUAGGAAGACAUAGCUAUGGAUUUAAUGACAAGUUUCCAUGCACUUUUCGAUUCCGCACACAAGAGAAAGGUAUUGGAGGCCACUCUUUCCAGCAUCAGGCCAGCCUACGUGGUCUAUCAUUUUUUUAAAGAAAGUUCGUUGUUGUGCAUGGUGGGCGUAAGGUCUGUGUUAAACCUUUCAAAGUAUUUGGAUACAUGUUGAGAGUAAUUGGCACACAGUUAGGUGCUGUUUUAUUAUCUCAUGAUUUGAUUUACACAACUGAGCAGUUGCUAUAAUCAUGUUGAUCUUAUUUUUCUAUAACGUAAUGGUCUACUUUUUUGGGGGGGUCCCUAAUUCAAAAGAAGUAGCAAAAGUGACAAGGUGGAAAAAUGAAUAAAUGUGAACGAAUUUUUGUACCAGUGACUUAGUGCUUCCCUUGAGCUCGUAAUUAUAAUUUUCUUUUACAUUUUAUUUAUUCUUUUUUUUUUUGUUGGUUGGGUUUUAUUCUUUUCGUUUUGGUGUUAAUUUAUAUAUACCAUCACAUUUUUUUCAUGGGAUUCUGCUCUUUAAGAUCAGAGCUGUCUCUAAAAUUACAUUAUGUUACUUUAAAUCAUGCUGACAGGAGGGCGCGGCUGUUCCUAGCUUCUACGUGUUCAAUUUUCACUUUAAUUUAUUUCGUGAUCACAUUACGAUAGAUUGUGAAUGUAAUGUGUCUAUAUCCAUAUAGUUUUUAUGUUGUCUGCUUCAAACUGAGAAUCCUCUUACUCGAUUUUUCGCUUCCUUUUUUUUUUCUUCUAAAUUUUAGGUGCUGUUGGGUUUUUUUUGUAACUGUAUAUAUGAGUGUUUGAAACUGUUAAUGUUGUUGAGAGUUUGAGUGAUGUAUUCCGUUACCUGUAUGAACAGUUUUAUGCUUGAAGUUCUGAUCUGUGUAACGGAAGAGGAACUCCCCUGCUUGCUAUGUGAGUGUACGUAGUACACGAUGAGGGCAAGCUUAGUCCAGAAAACGAAAGUAACGGUGUUUAUCCAAUUUCAUAAACAUUUAUACCAGCUUAUUCGUUGUAAGUAUCCUACAGAAACGUUUUACCGCAGAGGAAUCAUCAGUUCAGACCGGCAAAUAAAAAUAUAAAGCCGUCAACUGGAUGCGUUUUUAAUUCAAAGAAAUCAAUCACUUGUGUUGCUCUUGAGGUAAAAAUGAAGUAAAGAUUAAACGAUUAUUCUAUCGUGGUUUGUGUGUUUGUGUGUUUGAGUAAAGAGAAGAACAUCGACCCAACAAUGGUCAUUUAAAGCUGGGAAAAGUAAGACAAAAAGAAACAACAGAGGGAAAGUAAAGAAGUGGGACCUACCAGUGGCACCCUCCAACCACCCUCAUUCUGUCGUGAUUUGUCUGCAAUAUUUUUUUAACAUUGUAAUAGAAACAACAGGUAGGCUUUCAUGACAGCACAAUAAUGAUAUUUUCAAGAAUGCUUUACAUACGAGUGUGAACAGACUUGAUAAUAAUUAUUCAGUAACAGCCAAUGGUUAACUUUCAGAUAAUCGUAUGAUCAGAAUUCGAUGUCUAAUUUAAUUUUAACUCUGUGGUUAAUCCAGCGUCAGGCUGACGUUUGCUUUGACUUGAUGCUAUGUGCGUGAAUGGGUUAAUGUAAACGUGUUAUCAUCCACCUCAUAUACCAUUUCUUGUAACUUAAAUUCUCAUUUCUCAAAAUUCAGACUCUUGAGCAUUUAUUAAUAAGCCUUAUCUCUUUAAUGGAAUAUAAAUAACCUAAGACUC